GGAGGGACCGGCUGGCAGCAGCAGCGGCGGCGGGGGGGGGGAGCUGGGAUAGGCUGGGAGUUCGGUUUGGAACCGUCAGCGGGACGGGACGAGGCACGAGAAGAGGUGUGGGGGGGAGAGGAGCACUGUUCUAACUUCUGUCUUCCGAGCGGCUUUCCAAGGGGAGGCUCGGUGGGGAAGGGGAGAGAGAGAGAGGGAGAGAGAGAGAGAGAGAGAGAGAGCAGCAUUUGUUGCACCCGGAGGUCACAGAUCGCGAGCCCCGCGGAUGACAAAGAAGCAAACUCUCCAAAAAUCCGGGUUCGAUCGCUCGUGAAAAUCCAAACGGGGAUUCGUUUUUUCCCCCCUCUGUUUAACGGAGGCGUAAAGAGAAGAGGACACCAUGCCGCGGCGCACCGUGCAAGAAGUACUGGUGCAAGAUGUCCAGAAACGGAGGAACCCGAACAAACACUACGUUUACAUCAUCAAAGUGUCCUGGAGCGAUGGAAGUACAGAAAUCAUUUACAGGCGCUACAGCAAGUUCUUUGACCUCCAGAUGGAAUUGCUGGACAAAUUCCCUGUGGAAGGAGGCCAGAAGGACCCUAAGCGUAGGAUCAUUCCUUUCCUACCAGGGAAGAUCUUGUUUAGGAGGAGCCAUAUCCGAGAUGUGGCCAUGAAAAGGCUGCGGCCCAUCAACGAGUACUGCGGGGCCCUCAUUCAGCUGCCAGUCUACAUUUCCCAGUGUGAGGAAGUCCGAGUGUUUUUUGAGACCAGAUCCGAUGACAUCAACCCACCCAAGGAAGAACCCAUCGGAAAGAAGAAAUCAGGGGUUGUGGAGAGAGCGACUGCUUUCCUAAAGCGAGGAGACUCCACCUCCGCAGACCCUCUCUUCCUCGACCAGUACGUGGCGGUGACCGACUACGAGAAGGCGGAGAGCUCCGAGGUCAGCCUGCACGUGGGGCAGGUGGUGGAGGUCAUUGAGAAAAAUGAAUCUGGGUGGUGGUUUAUUAGCUCAGACGACGCCCAGGGCUGGGUCCCCGCCACCUGCCUCGAGGCUCAGGAUGACCCCGAUGACUUCACCAUUCCAGGGGAAGAAGUGCCGCGCAGGUUCUGGUCACUGCCGAGGCACUUUGGUCGUCGAAGAACUUUAGGGGAUCUAUUCAGCACAGGCUUUGGGCAAGAAGAGAAGUAUUCAGUGAUUUACCCGUACGCGGCCAGGGACCCGGAUGAGAUCGACAUUGAGCGGGGCAUGGUGGUAGAGGUGAUUCAGAAGAACCUGGAGGGCUGGUGGAAGAUCAGGUACCAGGGCCGCGAGGGCUGGGCUCCGGCCUCCUACCUGAAGAAGGCCGACAUCCAGGGCCAGAAGCCGUUAGCAGGCGCCGCUGCUCACGCCAGUGCCAAUGACCUGGACGGGCUCUCUAAGCAGAACCAGCACAGCAACGCUUCCAAGGAGAACCGAGAGAACAGCCAAAAAGAAAACAGGCUCUCGUUUCUUUCCGAAAUAAAAGUGGGAGCAAGACACAGACCUCCUCCCCGCAGAGACCUUACGAUUCCGCGCGGCACAAGCUUACCCAAGCCGCCGAUUCCGCCUCAAGUCGAGGAGGAGUUCUACACAAUAGCCGACUUCCAGACCACCAUCCCCGAUGGAAUAAGCUUCCAGGCCGGACUCAAAGUUGAGGUGGUUGAGAAGAAUAAUGGCGGUUGGUGGUACAUCCAGAUAGAUGACAAAGAGGGCUGGGCCCCUGCCACCUUUAUUGACAAGUACAAGAAGACCAGUAAUGCCCUGCGACCUAAUUUCCUGGCCCCGCUGCCCAAUGAGAUGGAGAAGCUGAGACUGGAAGACGGUGGACCUUCAAAUGUGUCCGGGACAGACGACAGCUGGUCCAAACCUUUACCAGAUGAGCCCAGCGCAGCCCUCGACUCCUGUGCCCGGCCCAAGCUGAGAGAUUGGAAGUCCAGCGCCAACAAGGGGCCUCCCUCCGUCCCCGGGCCUCUACCUCCCGCUCCAGCGGCGCCCCCAGUGGAGGAGAAACCCGCCCUUCCGCCUCGAAGGGAGUCCAUCAACAAGGGCUUUGAGCCGGAGGUGUCGGAGAAACCAAGGGCGGAUCAUUCCAAGCCGUUGCCUCCCAAACCCCCGGCUCCCGGGGUCAUCGUGCCGCUGGUCCCCCCCAAAGCGGUCCCCUUCAAACCGGACAAACCCCCAGAGGCCAAGAAGGAGGACAAGAGCAAACCUCAUCUCCUCCGCAAUGAAAUGGGCCUGGAGUGCGGCCACAAGAUCUCCGCCAAAGAGGUGAAGAAGUUCAACCUGAAACCCGUACCACCGAAACCAAAGUCCGAAGCGCAGGAGGAGAAACCCGAGGCCGCCGGCCCGGCGGCGUUCAUGAAGGCCAAGCCGGUGGUCCGACCCAAACCGCUUCCGGCCGCCAAGCCGGACCCUCCGGCCGAGAACAGGCUGGACAUCACGAACCUCCGGAGCAAGCUGAGGCCGCCGAAGCCCGCGGAUCCGAGCGUCGCGUCCGCCGAGGCGAACCAUCAGAACGGCACCUCGGCGGCAGCAGCGACGGGCCCCCACCCCAGCGCCCCCCAGAGCGCACCCCCCUCCCACGUCCCCACUCUCAACAACGGCAAGCACUGCGACGAGCCAAGACUCCCCCCGAGACCCGUCAAUGGCCACAGCCGCGAGGGCUCGCCACCGCCGCCGCCGCCCUCGGCGAAACCAGCGGUGCCUCCCCACAAAGAACCCCCGCAGAGGCCCCCUAGCAUGGUCCCAAGGAGACCCCCUCCCCCGAAGAAGACCGACCCGUCGAGCCCGACAGAGUUGAAACCUCAAGUCGCUCCAAAAGACACCCUGGACGUCUCCAAGGCACCGCCCAACCAACUCGGCAGACCCCCUCCCCCUAAACCCAAAGGGUUUGUUGCCAACAGGGAAAGAGAAGAGCCCAGAACCAACAAGGUCCCAGUUCCUCCCAAGCCCCAGCUGAAGGGGGAGAAGCCCGGGCCGCCCAAGGCCAAGCUCCCGCCGCUGCUCCCGGAGCGCAGUAAGGACGACCUGUAUUUGGCCGUGGCGGAUUUCGAGGGGGACGACCAGUCGUCCAGCUUCAAGGUGGGCACGGUGUUCGAGGUGCUGGAGAAGAACAGCAGCGGCUGGUGGUUCUGUAAGAACGUAGGGCGGGAAGUUGAGAGCUGGAUCCCCUCAAAUUACCUGAACAAGAGAGCUUAGGACGUGCUCUCCAGAGUGUGGCCACAUGAACGCAAUGAGCAAAAUAUCACAACUUUGUAGCUAAUUUCUUUUCUUUUAAGGUACCUUUUAAAGUGACAUUUUUUUUAAUUUUUUUUUAUUUUGAUAGAAAUAUUCGACUUAAACCGAACCAGCAAUACCACGAGACCUUGUUUACGUUUUCUAUUUUUUCUUUUUUUUAAUCUCAAAUAUAAAAAAAAACCCGCUUUCCUUCUGUUGCCAUAUGCCGCCGCUUGUGUCCGUCUUGCGAUAAGUGCGUCUUCGCCUCCGCCUUCUAUGAUACGGUGCCUCUAUAUAUUAUACGCUAAUGUGCUCUAUAUGCAACAGUAGAUGUAGCCCUUGUUGGAAUCAUCUCCACAUCACAGGACGAAACACUACAAUCCAGCAGGGGAGACAAAGACAUGCACAUGGGGGGGGGGGGGGGGGGGAGCGAGAGACAUGCGCAUUAGUUUCAGGGCCAUCGAGAUGCUUUUCUUCAUCGACCGCGUGAUUAACGCCGUGCUCCUUUUUACCGUAGUUUCAUUUGAGAUUGAGAAGGUUUGCACAUGCGGACGGAAGGGGAAGAAUGCCACGGUGCAUUUCACUCCUUAAAUGUGUUUUUUUUUUUUUUAACACUCUGUACAAAUGAUCCACUGACGUAAAGAUGAGGCUUGAACAACCAAACUGACAAGUUGAGAACAAGCUCUCUGUCCAAGUAUUUGAACGCUAUCUAGUUAAAAUCGCACCCAGACAGUAAUUACGUUUUAAAAAAUGUGACCCGCGGAGAACUUCUGCACACCGGUACCAAAUGUCUGACCCAGAAAGAGUAAGACGUUGACGGUCUUCAGUGACUUGUGCAAUCACGUACAGCAUUGCACGUGUACAGAUUGUUCUUAACCGAAGUUUGGUGCUCAAAUAACAUAAAAGUAUGAUCAUUGUAAAAAAAAAAAAAACUUUUACAUCAUGCUUGACUGGUCAAGUAUGGUCGGUAUAGCAAAUGAUUUAAUUUUAUUGUACAGAAAUGAAAAGCAUAUCUUUGCUGUUGUCACUUUUUCUUUGAUGGGCCAUCGGGUCGUUUACACUGUACUGAUUUGGGGACGAAAGAGCCAACAGUAAACUGGUUUUUGUUAAUGGGAAUUGCUAAUUGGAGUUAAUACAGAGGGUUGGGUUGUUUUUCAGAACAGGUCAGAAAUGUGCACCCAUGGCUCUGUAAAACAAUCGGACAAGGCUGCAAGCUGUCACACUGCUUCUAGUUGCUUUAUUAUAAUUCCAUGUUUCACAUUGCAAAGACUAAUUUGUAUUGUUGAGGGUUAUUUCACGAGGGUUCAGUACAGUGUAAAGCAAAAGUAUGAGUUGAUGGUGUCAUUUCAGUAUUGUAGUAUUUACUUUUUUUACUCUGUAUUUUUCAUUACAUAGCUCAUUUUCCUUAAGUCAAUAAAAAAAAAUUCUGGAUUUCUCAGUA